UUACCAAUUCAUGGCGGCCACAAACCUCGAGACAUCGUCAAACUCAAACAUAGCCGACGAUGACUAUGAUUACCUCUUUAAACUAGUCUUGAUCGGAGAUUCUGGCGUCGGAAAAACUAACCUCUUAUCUCGGUUCACUAGAAAUGAAUUCAGUAUCGAGUCAAAGUCAACCAUCGGUGUCGAAUUCGCUACGAAAAGCGUUCACGUCGACGAGAAAAUCAUCAAAGCUCAGCUUUGGGAUACCGCCGGUCAAGAAAGAUACAGAGCUAUCACGAGUGCAUAUUACAGAGGAGCAGUAGGGGCUCUUCUAGUAUACGACAUAACUCGACACAUAACGUUCGAGAACGUCGAACGAUGGCUCAAGGAGCUUCGAGACCAUACUGAUGCCAAUAUUGUGAUCAUGCUUGUUGGAAACAAAGCUGAUCUUCGUCACCUUCGUGCUGUUCCCACAGAAGAAGCUAGAUCGUUUUCUGAAAGAGAGAACAUGUUCUUCAUGGAGACUUCUGCUCUUGAUGCUACAAAUGUUGAGCAAGCUUUCACUCAUGUCUUGACUCAGAUCUAUCGUGUUAUGAGCCGUAAGGCUCUUGAUGGUACUGGAGACCCAACGUAUUUGCCUAAAGGACAGAGUAUUGAUAUUGUAAGCAAGGAUGAUGUUACUGCUGUUAAAUCCUCUGGUUGUUGCUCAGGUUGAGAUUAUGGUUUAAGGUUGGUUUUGGUACACAAAUCGCAUUUGUCUGGAAUUAAACAUCGGUCUGGUUAGUAAGGCCGUUUUAGUCUGAACGUAAACUGAACUGAACCGAAAUAUCGCGGUUAGACUUCAGUUAUAGUUUACCGAAAAACUUUGAAAUGUGUAUCCCUAAACAUGUUACUUAAAUUUGUACUAAUGAUUCUUUUUAUAUGCUUGGCAGUACUUUGUUUAGCA